UUUAUCAGGGGGAUGGGGAUACCUGUUGGAAAACUGGCUCUGUAUACAGCACUUGGCGGAGUUAGACCUUCUUCGUGUUUGCCCGUAACCAUUGAUGUGGGGACAAACAAUGAGCAGUUGUUGAAAGAUGAAUUCUACAUUGGGCUCAGACAAAGGAGGGCAACUGGGAAGGAAUAUUAUGACCUUCUUCAUGAAUUCAUGACUGCUGUCAAGCAAAACUAUGGUGAAAAAGUACUCAUACAGGUGGAUUUGCAUCCUUAA